AUCCAUGAAAGUAUCGAAUACAGACAGAAAUAAUGGAUAUAUAUAAAAGUAUCAUUGAAACAAUUCAAAUUAGAUUAAGAACAAUCUUCGUAAACUUUAUGAAAUGGUGACUAGUAGCCAUGAGAGGGAGGAGGAGGUGAUUUAUAGUAGUAACGUGGAGAAGGAAGAGGAGAUGAUGGAGGAGGUGGAGACUUGUAGAUGUAUGGCGGAGGGGGAGAGGGAGAAGGAGGAGGUGGAGACUUGUAGUAAUAUGGAGGAGGUGGAGAUGAGGAUGGGGGUGGUGGAGACUUGUACACAUAUAGUGGAGGGGGUGAAGGUGAAGGAGGAGGGGGAGAUUUGUAAACAUAUAGAGGUGGUGGUGAUGGAGAUGGGGGUGGGGGCGACUUGUACAUGUAUGGUGGAGGUGGUGAAGGAGAUGGUGGAGGUGGAGACUUGUAGUAGUACGGGGGCGGUGGUGAUGGAGAUGGUGGAGGAGGUGAUUUGUACACAUAUGGUGGAGGUGGUGAUGGAGAAGGAGGAGGUGGAGACUUAUAGUAAUAUGGAGGUGGGGACUUGUAAUAUGGAGGAGGUGGUGAAGGAGACGGAGGAGGAGGCGAUUUGUAUGCAUAUGGUGGAGGUGGUGAUGGAGAUGGAGGAGGUGGUGACUUAUAGUAAUAUGGAGGCGGUGAUGAUGGAGAAGGAGGAGGCGGAGACUUGUAGUAAUAUGGAGGAGGUGGAGAUGAGGAUGGGGGUGGUGGAGAUUUGUACACAUAUGGUGGAGGAGGUGAUGGGGAUGGUGGAGGUGGAGACUUGUAGAUAUAAGGAGGUGGUGGCGAAGGAGAUGGUGGGGGUGGGGACUUGUAAAUAUAUGGAGGAGGCGGUGAUGGGGAUGGGGGUGGUGGAGACUUGUACACAUAUCGUGGAGGAGGUGAAGGUGAAGGAGGAGGGGGAGAUUUGUAAAUAUAUGGAGGUGGUGGUGAUGGAGAUGGAGGUGGGGGCGACUUGUACAUGUAUGGUGGAGGUGAUGAAGGAGAUGGUGGAGGUGGAGACUUGUAGUAAUACGGGGGCGGUGGUGAUGGAGAUCGUGGAGGAGGUGAUUUGUACACAUAUGGUGGAGGUGGCGAUGGAGAAGGAGGAGGUGGAGACUUAUAGUAAUAUGCAGGUGGAGACUUGUAAUAUGGAGGUGGUGGUGAAUGAGAUGGAGGAGGAGGCGAUUUGUACGCAUAUGGUGGAGGUGGUGAUGGAGAUGGAGGUGGUGACUUAUAGUAAUAUGGAGGCGGUGGUGAUGGAGAAGGUGGAGGCGGAGACUUGUAGUAAUAUGAAGGUUGGGGUGAAGAAGCUGGUGGAGGUGGAGAAUAAGGGUCAUAAUCAGCACUAA